UACUUUUAUUUCAUUAUUCACUCCAGGAAGUUUACGUUUAGCUGUCAAUAGCAGGUUGAAUUUGUUCGUUUGCAAGAUAGCUAUAUUGCAAACACAUGUUUGCAACUUAUUUAAACCUGAUCAUAAAUAUCAGAUAUUAUAUAACGUGUCUAAGAUGGCAAUCAUACUUAUCUUUUUAAACAGAAACAAUACAAAGUUGACAGAGAGUUGGCUAUCCUAGUUAAGUCUCCAAAUGACCACAGACAGGUUUUAGGUUCAACGCCCGGCUGCUGUGUCUAACUAAAUAACUAACUAUGGGCAACACGGAAAGUGUUGUCGUACAGAAACGGCUGGCCCGUUUCCGUCCUGAAGAACGGCCCUUGAUCGAGGGGGUGUUUGAACGGCUUCAAGGUGAUGGAGGCUCAGGAAAGGUUUUAACACUGGAGAACUUCAAGUCCUCCAUGGAUACUCUAGCCUCAGACUCCAUGAUAAAGAGGGUAUAUCGGGCUGCAUGUUGUGUUGAGUCUGGAGCUGGAACAGCACCAGUGACAGGCUCGGGGAAGGCCAUCACUGCAGCCACGUCUGGCGUGAGCCGUGAACAACUCGUCGUCUUCCUAGCUGACCUUCUGCGUGGUACCGCAGAAGAACGCGCACCCCUUGUACUGGCCAUGUCGCAGGAGGGGGCAGGGAACUCAGAGGUGGUCACACGCGAACAGGUGUCGCAGUUUCUCCAGGACGUCCUUUCUUCUGUGGUGAAGAUCCUGGUCAGUCGGGAGCGCCUGCGGGGCUGGAAGCUGGACAGGAUGGGAGAUGUGUCUAUGGGGGUCAAGCUGCUGGCUGAGCAGAUGUGCUCAGAGCUGAAGGCCUCAGAGCGGGGUACCUGUGACGUGUGCAGCCUGGAGGACUGGGUGUUCCGCGUGUCCCAGGUGGCGGCCUACCUGGAGCUGCUGGUGAGCGAGGGCCUGGCCGUGGUGCUCCCCAGCCGGCCACCACUCACCCUGCUGCCCGCCUGCUUGGAGGCCCCCUGGUCCAAGCUCAAGUGUCUGCUGGACCUGCCCACCCUCAUGUUCCUGGCUCCGCAGUUGCCAGAUAGCUACAGCGCCCCCUGGAGGCUCCUGUUCACCACACAGCUGCAUGGAGAGAGCUUCUCCAGGAUGGUGGCGGGCCUGUCCAAACGGGGCCCCACCCUGCUGCUCAUCAGGGACACCCGGGGCCACGUGUUCGGGGCGUUCGCCUCCCAUGCCUGGGAGGUGAAACCACAGUUCCAGGGUGACUCUAGAUGCUUCCUCUUCUCGGUGUACCCGAGGCUGCGUGUGUACACCGCUACAGGAUACAAUCAGCACUUCAUGUACCUCAACCAGAACCAGCAGACCAUGCCCAAUGGACUGGGAAUGGGCGGGCAGCAUGGCUACUUUGGCUUGUGGCUGGACAGCGACUUUGGCCGUGGUCACAGCCGUGCGCGUCCCAAGUGCACCACCUACGGCAGCCCCCAGCUGUCGGGGGACGAGGAAUUCACCCUGGACUAUGCGGAGACCUCGGGGAAGACCCAGGACUAGGUGGAGAGAUUAUAUCUCAACACUGGCCUGGGAAUGCCUCGGGAUCCCCCCGUCAGAGCUGGUCAAUGUGGCCCGGGAAAGGGAAGUCUGGAGCCCCCUGCUUGAGCUGCUCCCCCCGCGACCCGACCCCGGAUAAACGGAUGACGAUGAGAUGAGAUCGUUAUUUAUAUCCGAGAUUAUUUAAUCUAACCCGAUCUAAACUCUAUCAUGCACCCAAACACGGCGGCGUUUGGGUUUCCUACCUCGGACUCUAGCGCAGCCACAGGCGCGUUGGGCGCGUUGAACCAUUUUUGUGACACACAAUGAUCAAGCGUCAGGUUAGGCGCGUUACUCGCGUUAUCCAACGCGAGUAACGCGGUUGGUGUGGCCGUACCAUAGUCGAUUGAUCCAUGAUGAAUGCAACAAUUGCCUCGCAACUGGCUGUUUAUAUCUAGCCGGUGCCAUGUUUGGGUGUGUGUCUGUGCCGUAAAGCAUUUUCGAAACUACAAUCUGACUACAUUUUCGAGGAUACUUCCGUUGCGUCACAUCCGGAUUGUCCCGGUCCGAGCAGAUCAAGUUGCAUAUGCGCUUUUUCACUGGAGAGGCGACAUGGGU